AUAUUAUUCUAAUACAAUCUCCCAAACGACCUGGAGUGACAUUUAUCUGUGCGUCUUUACCCUUUGCAACACAUUGGAACAAAAUUAGAAAGAAUUUUUUUUUUUAAAAGAUGGCAAUUACUGAGGAAGAAGAGAACUUGAUACAUCAUUUGCCAAAAUCUUAUACAAAGGGUGGUAUUAAAACCAUGCCAUUCAUCAUAAUGAAUGAAACACUAGAGAAAGUGGCAAGUUAUGGAUUGCAGCCAAACAUGGUAAUAUACUUGAUGAAAGUUUAUAAUAUAGAAGCUGCAACAGCUACAAGUUUACUGAGUAUGUGGUCUGCUCUUUCCCAUGGAUUUGCCCUUCUAGGUGCCUUUGUUUCUGAUUCUUUCUUGGGUCGCUUCACUGUUGUCGCUAUUGGAUCCAUCUUCAGUCUUUCUGGAAUGACUAUUCUUUGGCUAACCACCAUGGUUCCACAAUUGAGGCCUUCACAUUGUGAUCAUUUCGAGAUAUGCAAUAGGCCAACACCAGCACAACUCCUUGUGUUAUUGUUUUCUUUUGGGAUGAUUGCUGUGGGAGCUGGUUUCGUUAGACCUUGUUCUAUAGCAUUUGGUGCUGAUCAAUUGGACAACAAAGAAAAUCCAAAUAAUAAAAGGAUUAUGGAAAGCUAUUUCAGUUGGUACUAUGCUACUAUUGGAAUGUCAACAAUCGUCGCAACAACCUUAAUUGUGUAUAUUCAAGAUGCUUUUGGAUGGCAAAUUGGUUUUGGGAUUCCUGCUAUCCUUAUGUUUUUCUCUGUUGCAGCCUUCCUUUCGGGUUCUUCCCUGUAUAUCAAAGUUAGUGCUAGUGAGAGCUUAUUCACUGGAUUCUUUCAAGUACUUGUUGCUUCUGUUAGAAAAAGAAAUAUCGAUCUUCACUCUGGUAACGGUGAAGCCUAUUAUCAUCAAUCGCCCAGUUCUGAAAUCCAAGCCUUGACAAGCAGCUUCAGGUGUUUAAAUAAAGCUUGCAUAAUUGAAGAUCCUCAAAUAGAUGCAAAUUCUGAUGGAUUGCGCGCUUCAAACCCAUGGAGACUCUGUAGUGUAGAACAAGUAGAAUCUUUGAAGUCCCUUCUUAGAGUUGUUCCCAUGUGGUCCAGCAACAUAAUGGUUCAGUUGAGUUUAAAUCAAUUUUCGUUUUCUACACUUCAAACAAUGACAAUGGAUAGACAUAUCUUCUCGUAUUUUGAAGUACCAGCAGGAUCUUUUUCGUUCUUUAUGGUGAUAACUCUAGUGGUGUGGAUUACCAUAUAUGAUCGUGCUCUCGUGCCAAUAAAAUCCAGAUAUACAGGACAGCCAGGAGGCUUAAGCCCCGUUCUUCGCAUGGGAAUUGGUUUAGUUCUAUCUACUGCAGCGAUGGCACUUUCAGCAAUAACAGAAAGCAUAAGGCGGGGCUUAGCAAUUGAUCAGAAUGAUCCACAAGAAAUUCCAAAUAUUUCAUCAGUUAACAUGUCAGCUAUGUGGUUGGUGCCACAGUACGUUCUUCUUGGACUAGCUGAUGCUUUUAAUGCUAUCGGAUUGGUAGAGUUCCUUUAUGCUGAGCUUCCCAAAAGCAUGUCUAGUUUUGUUGUGGCUAUUUUCACACUCGGGAUGGCUGUAUCUGGCAUUUUUGGGAGUUUUAUAGUGAAUAUUGUGGAUAGUGUUACCUCAUAUGGAGGUGGAGUUAGCUGGUUGUCAAGUAAUAUUAACAAGGGUCACAUAGAUUAUUACUAUUGGUUGAUUGCUUUCUGCAAUGUUGUAAACUUCCUGUAUUUUCUUCUCAUUUGUCGAUAUAAUCGUCCUCACCAGGAAGUUGAAUAAAAACAAUGUGAAUAUAGUACUCAGAGAACUUAAUAUGUAUUAGAACAAAUGAAUAUAUAAUAAAGUUUGCUCUUUCAGUUUUGCUAUAUAAAAAUGAUUUUGUCAAUUUGAGUUGUAUUGCCACUGAGAAAAUUUAUACAGGAAGUAUUUGUUAUGGAUAUUUGUCAGAUACGUGAAAAUGUUGCACAUGGAGGUUCUAUU